AUGAAUGCACAUUUAGUGGGUGAUCCCAUGAACACCGUGGACACCACUGCAGAAGGAAGGACUGCACUAUCUCCUGCUGCUUCACAAAGCGAGGCAGAAAAGGUAGGGGUUGAGGUGAUGAUGAAGGCAAUGAGGAAUACUGCAAGGAUUUUGGAGAUGAUUGAGGUCUACAUUGGUCAAACCCAGGCCUCAGAGGCGAAGACUGCCAGAAGAAGGGAGGUUGAUCAUAGCCAACAAUUAAGGUCAGCUAUGUUUCCAGAUGUAUGUUUGGUGGCUGAACCAAUGGACGGUGAAACUGAAACCAAGGCAAAUGAGGGGCUUGGAAUGGAAUCCUUUGCAUCUCCAGAGGCCCUUGGGCAUUGCCAGUUGACCACUGCCUCCCCAGUAGUCUUCAGCAUGUGCAACCAAUUGGAAAAUGCAAUAUCAGAGAAAACUGUAGCUUUUGAGAGGGCCAAAGUUAUCGAAGAGAGACUUAAAGAGCAGGCUGAGCGACUUCAAAUUGAAUCCAAGCGGUCACAAGAAACUGAGGCUGCUCAGAAAGAAGCGCUCCGAGAAAAUAGAGCCCUGAAACAGGAGAUGGCCGAGAAGAAAGAGGAGCUUAGCAGUCUGAAGAAUAAUUUCACUAUGAUGUUGAAAAGGGACACACAGGUCGAACAGAGAAAUGCAGUUCUAGAGGACAAGAUUGACCAUGUCAACAGGUUAUUAGAAGCAGAAAAGUCAAAUAUAAGAGAAUUAAGUGAACAGCUAGGUAAAGCUGUCAAUGAGAAAAACAAGCUAAUGACAGAGUUGGAGACAAAUAAUGAUGGUCUCGCCAAAAUCCAAGGAUGCAUCCAUCAAUCAUUAACUGCACGAAUAUCUCGACUAAAAGGCGUUGCAGCCACGACAAACCUUGGUCAUUAUCAACAUUUGUUGGCUCGUAUGGAUGCUCUGGGACAGGUAAAAGAGCAUUUGCCUAAGAUGUUGGAAACCAUUGAAAUAGCCACAAGCCUCUCUGCGUACAGCCUGGCUGCUGCCAUGCUCAUAAGGCUUCGUGCCUAUCAUGGAGAUGACUUCGAUCUUCAAAGGCUUGUUAUGCCCCUGCAUCUCAAUAGGGAAGACUAUGCUAGGAUUCGAAAUGCAGUUGACCCCCUGGCAGCAAAAGUUGCACAGAAAUAUAGAGUCUGUGAACAUUGA